CGGCGCGGCCGCCAGGUACAAAGUGAUGAAGAACUGGGGCCUCCUGGGGGGCCUGGCCGCGGCCGCCGCCGCCGGGAUUUACGUGCUCUGGGGGCCCAUGACGGAGCGGAGGCGGCGCAGGAGAGGGCUCGUCCCUGGCCUCCUUAACCUAGGAAACACGUGUUUCAUGAACUCCCUGCUGCAAGGCUUAUCUGCGUGCCCGUCCUUCAUCAACUGGCUGGAGGAAUUUACAGCGCAGUACAAGACAGACCAGAACCAGUCCCCUGAGCAUCAAUAUUUGUCCCUCACUUUGCUGCAUCUUCUAAGAGCUUUAUCUUGCCAAGAGGUAACAGAAGAUGAUGUCCUGGACGCAAGCUGCCUCUUAGAAGUUCUCAGGGUGUACAGGUGGCAGAUCUCAUCGUUUGAAGAGCAGGAUGCUCAUGAACUAUUUCAUGUCCUUACCUCUUCACUAGAAGACGAACGGGAGCGGCAGCCACGUGUCACGCAUUUGUUUGAUGUGCAUUCACUGGAGCAGCCAGAAAUAACCCAAAAGCAAAUAAGCUGCAGAACAAGAGGUUCUCUUCCCCCUAUGUCAAAUCACUGGAAGUCUCAGCAUCCUUUUCAUGGAAGGUUGACUAGCAACAUGGUUUGCAAACACUGUGAACACCAGAGUCCUGUGCGGUACGAUACGUUUGACAGCCUCUCACUGAGCAUCCCAGCUGCUAUGUGGGGUCGUCCUAUGACACUGGAUCACUGUCUCCAUCAUUUCAUCUCCUCUGAAUCUGUAAAGGAUGUUGUAUGCGACAAUUGCACUAAGAUUCAGGCAGAAGGGAGUCUGCAUGGACAGAGCAUAGAAAACCAGAGAACAACAUUUGUUAAACAAUUAAAGCUAGGAAAGCUCCCUCAGUGUUUGUGUAUCCACCUGCAAAGACUGAGCUGGUCAAACCAAGGCACUCCUCUGAAACGUCACGAGCACGUUCAGUUCAAUGAGUUCCUGAUCAUGGACAUCUACAAAUAUCACAUUCCUGUUCAUAAAUCAAGCCAGAAUGAUCGGAAUCAGAAAAACCCUGAGGAGGCAACCUCUGAAACAAAGGAUGGGACAGCAGUAAAACCUUCAGAUGCAGAGCAGCCAUGUAGCACUAAAUCCCUCUUUAUGAAUGGUGCCUGCUCCCCUUCGUUUUUAAUGUCCCCGGGAACUUUUCCGCUAACUGCAUUCCCUGAGUACAGUUCCCCUGUUUACCUUUACCGUCUGAUGGCAGUUGUGGUUCACCACGGGGACAUGCAUUCGGGACACUUUGUGACUUACCGCCGCUCGCCACCUUCUCCCAAGAACCCGCUCUCCGUCAGCAGCCAGUGGCUGUGGAUUUCGGACGACACCGUUCGCAAGGCUAGUUUGCAGGAAGUCCUCUCUUCUAGCGCUUACCUGCUUUUUUAUGAGCGUGUCCACUCGAGGGUACAGCACCAAAGUUUGGAGCUGAGAGCCGAGGAGUGACUGAGGGCUGAAGGACAAGAGCUGGCAGAUCCCCUCUGGUGAGCUCCACGUUGCACCUCGUGUCUGUGAUGCAGUGACCCACCGCAGGCCCUUUAACCUCCCCCGCCCUACAGCAGCAGCUGCCUCUCGCUGCGAGCUGUGAUUUGUACCAAAAUGAUGCUACCCAAAGUCAGGCUGCUAAUUUUGUGCAGCCCAAGUGACCCUGCGUUGUUCUGUUUCGGCAGUAUUUUGUGUGCAUCACAGCUCUGAAACAGACACUUCCAACAGAGACUUCCCAAGGCCGUGUUCCUUAUCCUGAUGCCUGUGUAAGUUUUCAGACAGAGAUGCUUAAUCCUUUACAUUUCGUGCAGACGUUUCUAACAGAUGAACCGCAGAAGUGGCUGGCAGGAAGCUGCUGUUAGCAAAGGCAAUGUUUUUAAAAACAAUAAAGUGCCUUGAGCUUAUUUGAAUGGUCACGUUACCAUUGUCUGAGUCUACUGCACGUCAAUUAAGCUCUGAUAAAUGUCUCUCAAGAUGAUGGGAAGAACGACUAACUGAAUCAGAUCUAAUAUCCCAGCUAAUCAGUAAAGCAAGGCAUCUCUAUGUAGCAUGUGUGGUUCCCAAAAAUACUUUCCUACUUAUGUUGCUUCCCAAACAUUUCAGUUCUUUAUACAUCAUAGAAAUACCUCUACUGAUUCGAACUGCAGAUUUCUUUUUACAGGAGAAGAAAAUAUGAAAUUUUUAAUCUAAACCUGAGACACUGAUUUGUUGCUCUUUAUCUUUGGAAUUUAGGUGAAAUUAAGAGACAGCAGCUUUUGCUAAUGAUCAGUAUUGUAAUUUCCUUUGUCACUAUGAAACUGUAGAGUAAUAUUGCUUGUAGUAUUGACUACACCUUUUAAUGCUAAUAUUUCAAGCCACUGUAAUCGGUGUUCCAGACCUACCCUUCCCAUUUUAGUGCUGAGCACUGCCAUCCUUCAUCAUCAUUCAAACAUACGCUGUCCGGCUUGCAGCGUGGCUUGGGCAGGUUGUAGCUGUGAGCUGAGAUCCGUAGCAAGCCAGGCAGCCUGCAAGCUGGACUACGCACACCUGAAUCCGGACUGUAGGCCCUUGUCUGGUGAGGUAGUGCUGUAGUCUGCAAAGACUGGUGUCACUGUAUAAAAUACUGUGAUCUAUAGGGAGCUCCGAGUACGUUGCACUUUGCUGGUCUAGACUGUUAGUCUAGACUGAGUAAAAAACUCUAGACUGAGUGAAAAGUAACAGGCAAGGCACAGAGGGAGCAGAAGCAAAAAUGUGAAUGCUUCUGAAUUAUGAGGAAUUGCAAGUGUAGGCUAUUUGUAGCUCUUUUCUAUCCUUGCACCUUGAAGGCAAAAAAGACUUAUUCCCGGACUAGCUUUCUCAGUGUAAAAGAGCAGCUAAGUUUUGAAAUGCUAACAACUGUCUUAAUAGUUUUUAUAGUGACUUUGUACCUAAUGUAUUCAUAUCACUGCCUGAAGCUCAGAGGCAGCCGGAGCUCUUUCAAGGAGGCUUGAAGCCUGCCAAAAUAGGAACAGUAACGAAUAUCCGUGUGUCUGUCGUAUGGUAUAUCCUGUACUUCACUCGCAUCAUUCCAGAGCACAGAUCCCAACACCUGCUCCGAGUAGUGCUCACCAUAUACAAAGCAGUCUGCAUAGAUCCACUGACACACUAGUUCCUGAGAAGCCUCUUCCUCUGUACUGGGGUAGCAGUAGCGCCUUUUUAACCUUUCUGUUUUAACUUAGGAGAAAAAUAAUGGGGAAAAAAAAUAUGCAAAAUGCCAAAAACAUUCUGGCCACAGCAGGAAUUUGCAGUAGGAGCUGUGUAAAGCACUGGUGGGUGUCACCUAAGGAAAAGUAUCAUGCAAAGCGUCUAGCUCCAGCAGUUCUACCAUUUGUACCUCAACUUGAGAACAUUUCCACUGCCAGCAGUAAAGAUUCUGCAGUACCUGCUCUCAGCGGGGUCUGUUGAGAGGCUUUCAGCUCUGUGAAUCUUUGUGAAGUUCACCUGAACAGGGCACUGUUUGGAAAGCCGUAAUGCUGGCUCAGGGUAAACGCACACCGUGGACUAACACUCUUAAACUCAUCAGCCUGCAACAGUGACAUGAAGGCCCCUAUUACUGCAAGUUUGGAUGUUUAAUAUUUUCCUUUUCCUUUUGCAUAAAACUGCUUUCCAGCAGGGGCCCGUUGGAUGAGAAUGAAAGCACAGGCACUGUAAGGCAUUGAUAAAUUGCUCUUUUUUGCUCAGCUGCAGAUUUACUCUGAAAUUUCCUCA